AUGUCAUCUGGGGAACAAACUGAAGAGCAAGCCCCAGUUCCAAUCAAGGAACUUACUUUACAUGUUAAAUUACCUUCAUUCUUGAAAGCUGGUGACGAUUUACAAGUUCCAUCUUCUUAUGAAGAAAGCUUAACUGAUUUAAAACAAGCUUUAUCCAUUCUUGUUAUUACUAGGAACUUAACUAAUUAUUCCAUCAAUGUUAAUGGUUUCGAUGUUUCUAAGUCAUUUGACGAUUUAGCCACUUUUGGUCAAGUCAUUGAAGAAUUGGAAUUAGGUGAUAUUAGUGAAUUAAAGGUUGAAAUCAAAGAAAAACCAUACAAUUUAGCUAGUGUUUAUGAACAAAUCGCUAGAUUCAGAGAAGUUGCUGGAUUACAUUACAUUGAUAGAAUUUCUCACGACUUUGGUGCUUCUGCUGGUGUUUCCAAGUUCAACAAUAUCAAAUUAGAUGACGUCAAAGUCAAGCAAGCCAAAGAAGAAACCACUGAAGAAAAGAAAGAAGAUGGUGACGAGAAGGAAGCAGAAGCUACCCCAGAAGAACUCGAAGUUACUCCAGAAGAACUUUCUGAAAUUUCUUCAUUUGCUGAAUCUGUUUCAAUGAAGUCUGUUUCUGAAAAAUUCACCGAUUCAACUGUUUUUGACAAAGUAAAUGAUUCAGUCAAGAUCCCAAUCAAGGCUUUAAACAUUUCUCAAUGGUCUCCAGUUCCAUCAUAUCAAAAAGCUAAAGGUGAUUUGUUAUACUUAUCUUUACAAACUUUAGAACAUGAAACUUUCAACAUUACUUGUCAUUUCUCCGGAUUUUUUGUCAACAAAUCUUCCACUAUAAAUUUCAAUCCUGAACUUAAAAUUAAUGAAAAAGGUAAGUUCUUCAAGAAUUCAUUGUUAUUUGAUUUAGUUUCUUCAUUAUCUCCAUCUUUUACCAAGGUCCUUCAAGAAAAUGAAAUUAACUUGUCAACUGGUAGCAGCCACCCAGAAACUUACUUAUUAGCCAAUAACUCAUACUUGAAUUAUCCUUGGAUCGUCAGUGCUGACUCUUGUAAGAACUAUCCAGAUUUAUCUAGAUCUCAAUUACCAUUGAUCGCUAAUGGUGUUGAUGGUUCUGACUAUGUUAAGGAUUGGAAUAGUGAUAUUCAAUCCAUUAGAGAAUUGCCAACUACUAAUAUCCAAGAACGUAUCUUACGUGAAAAAUUGAUUCACAAGGCUAUGUUUGACUUCAACAAGACUGCUACUGAAACUGCCAUCAAUAUUAUUAAAGGUAACUUAACCCCAAUGAACCCAACUGAAGAAGAAAGUAAACAAAUUUAUUUGAAAAAUGGUAUUUUCUACUCUGCUGGUUGUACUACUGUUGAUGUCUUUGAAAACACCGGUGCUGAAGAAGCUUCUAGAUAUAUUGCUUCUAAAGAUUUAAACGGGGUUAAGGUUAUGAACAAACAUGAUAUCCGUGGUAUUUAUAACUUGGUUACUUGUAUUGUUGAUUACAUGGGUAAGAGAAUUAUCUGUCAAGCUCCAGUUCCAGGUAUUUUAGAUUCUUCAGCUGAUGAAGAACAAGUUCAAGAAAAGGUUGUUUAUGGUUUAGCUAGUGACAACACCAAGAUUUUGGAAGAUAAAUCAUUUGAAGAACCAUUGAAACAAGUUGCUGAUGCUUUCCAUAUUCAACCUCAUAAAGUUGAACUUUCUCCUGAAGUUAAAUCCGAAGGUGAAUUGAUUGUUUCUAAGGAUACAAAAGGUAUUAAAGGUACUGAUGGUCGUAAGUAUAUCAUUGAUUUAUACCGUACCACUCCACGUGAUAUCGAAUUUAUUGAAACAAACUUUGAUGCCACCAAGCCAGAUUCUUAUCCUCAUGGUGAAGCUUUAGUAAGACAUGAAGCAGUUAGUGAAUGGUGGAAACGUAAGGUUUCUGCAUUAUUUAAAGCCGAAACUGAGAAAUUAGAAAAAGAAGGUAAAUUAAACAAAGAAGGUGAAGAAAAACCACAAAUUGUCUUACCUACUGAUCAAGUCGUGUUUAACCCUGAUGCAUUCUCUUCUGAUUUUGAAUCUAAAGAUGAUCAAGAAACUGUUAGAAAUAUUUCUCAAUUUAUUAAGGAACAUUUAGUUGAAGAAUUCUUGACUGAAGUACCAGCUCAAUUAGUUCCAUUCGAUGGUACCCAAUUAACCGAGAUGUUACACAGAGCCGGUAUUAACAUGAGGUAUUUGGGUUAUAUCGCUGAACAAAUUAUUUCCAAGAAGGAAAAAUACGUUGCUGAUGAACAAGAAUUGAUCAAGGCUAAUGAAGCUGCUGCCGAACAAAAGAAGGUCGAAGAAGAAGCAAAGAGAAAGGAACAAGCUGAAAAGAAGGAUGAAGACAAGAAGGAAGAUGAAAAGAAAGAAGAAGAAGCUGCGGAAGAAGAAGAACCAUCCAAAGCAACUUAUGAACCAAUAUUUGCCAACUAUAACGUUCUUUACAGAAUUGUUGUUCAAGAAAUGAUCGCUAGAGCUUCUAAACAUGUCUUGAGAAAAUUAGUCAGUGAAAUUCCUGAAUAUUUAGCUUCAGCUGCUGUUGCUCAUUUCCACAACUGUUUGUUAGGUGGGGAAAUCAACAAGACUCCAGAAGUUGAAAUUGAAGAAGUUUACAGAAACUUCUAUCCUGAAUCUGCUUUUGCAUUCACCAAAUUGACAAGUCAAGAUGUUUUAGAAUUAGUUUCCAGAGAAGUCUUUAUUCGUUUCAGAUACACUUUACCUGAAAAUUGGAUCUCUACUAUUCACUUACCUCAAUUAUUAAGAGAGAUCUCCUUGAAAUUUGGUAUUCAAUGGAAAUCCCAAAACUAUACCUUCACCAAAGAAGAAUUCGAAGCCAACAAAGAACAAUUCAAAGUCCAAUCCCAAGUCAUUGAAACCAAAACCACCAAGAAAAAGAACAAGAAGACUCAAACUUCUGUCGUUUCUCAAAAAAUCACCGAACGUUCUUCAAUCUUUGUUGCUGAUGAUAUUGUUAACUUUGUCCCAUUAGUUAAGGAUUCCUCUUAUAAAUCCGGAUUAGUUGAAGAAAUCUUUGCUAGUGCCAGAUCUCACAUUGUUUCUGGUGAUCAUAACACCGGUGUUGUUUUACUUAAUGAAUUAAUCAAUAUUCAAGAGGGUAUCUAUGGUAAAGUCAAUACUGAAACUGCCAAGUUCUAUACUUUGGUUGCUCAAGUUUAUCAAGAAUUAGGAUUUGAUAGUGAAGCAGCAGUUAUUGGUCGUAAAGCAGUUAUUUUAUGUGAACGUACUUGUGGAUUUGAUUCUCAUGAUACCAUUACUGCAUAUAUGAAUGCUGGUUACUUUGAAGCUUCAAAUGAUCAAAUCUUGAACUCAUUAAAAUUAUAUAAACAAGCUAUGAACACUUGGGCUUUAACUUAUGGAAAAGAUCAUCCAACUUUGAUCAACACAUUGACCAAUCUGUCUGAAUUAAUGAUGAAGAUUAAGGCAUUUUCAGCCGCUACUCAAUUUUUAGAAGAAGCUUUAGAAUUAUCGAUUAAUAUUAAUGGAAAUGUUUCUCAAAUUACUGGUAUUAUUUAUUUCAGAUUAGCUAAUUUAUUAAUUUCAGUUGGUAAAUUCAAAGAAUCAAAGGAUUUAUAUGUUAUUGCUCAUGAUAUUUUCCAAAAAUUAUUAGGUCCUGAUGAUUCCAUGACUAAACAAAUUGCUAAAUAUGUCAGUAAUGUCAGCGUUUAUAUUGAAUACAUGAAGGUUAAGGAUCAAGAAGCCAAGAAAAUCGCCUCCCAACAAAAGGCUGCCGCCGCUGCUGCCGCUGCCAAUGCUGCUCAAACAAAAGCUAAGUCUCCAGUUGGCGGUAAGAAGGGUGCUGUUGGUAAGAAGAACCAAAUCCCACAAUCUAAUCCAGAAAUUGCUAACCAAUCAAUUGAAGAUAUCUUGAAAUUCAUUGAAGGUAAUCAACCAAAGAAAUCUGGUAAGAAGGGUUCUAAGAAGAAGUAA